AUGGCUCUGACCUUGCAGGUGGUAAUGCAGAGUGUGACAGAGUGUGGAGCUCAGUCAGUGUCUGGGGCAUCCAUUGACUCUAUUCCUGUGUGGUCAGAGCUAGGAGCAGCUCAUUUAUCUGACCAACUAGAUGUAUGUGAGGAGGAAAGUAAGGAAGUAGAUCCAGUAACACACAGGGAAGUCUAUAGUGACCCUGGUAAAUGGCCAGAUCACAUGGAUGAUAAAGUUCGCUGUCUGUUAAGUGCUGCAGGGCCUGUUCAGAUAAUGAAUCACAGUUUCCCCUAUGAUGAUCACCAUAGAAGAUUCAAUCCCAUCUUUUAUAAUAAAAGACUUACAAAUGGUGAGACAGUCAGAAGGUCUUGGUUGGUGUAUUCCGAAAGUAGUGACUUAGUAUUUUGUUUUUGCUGCAAACUCUUUAGCAGUACUCAUUUAGUUGCCUUGUCUAGUACAGGAACAUGUGACUGGAAAAAUCUGGGACAAAAGCUUAUAGAACAUGAGCGGUCAGUGAAACAUAAAGAAGCUGCUGCUAAGUGGAGUGACUUGCACUUGAGGCUUAAGAAUAGCUCCACCAUUGAUCACCACCGUGAGAACAUGAUUAAGUCUGAGAGGAAAUACUGGAGAAAUGUUCUGGAAAGACUGCUUGCAAUCUGUCAGUACUUGUCCCAACAUAACUUGGCCUUUAGGGGUAGUGAGGAUAGACUCUUUACAAGUGGUAAUGGCAACUUCCUCGGGUUAGUGCAGCUGUUGGGCAAGUUUGAUCCAGUAAUACAAGAGCAUCUUCGUCGUAUCAGUAAUGCUGAGAUCCAUGAUCACUACUUGGGGAAAACCAUUCAGAACGAGUUGAUAAUGUUAAUGUCAAAGUCUGUCAGAGACACUAUUUUGCAAAAGAUAACAGAUGCAAAGUACUAUUCCAUUAUAUUGGAUUGCACUCCUGACUGCAGUCAUCAGGAACAGAUGUCACUGACUGUCCGUAUUGCUGAAUGCAAUGAAAGUGUGGAAGUUAAGGAGUACUUCUUGUCCUUUCUCCAGGUUACUGAGACUACUGGUGGUUUUCUGACUGACAUUGUAUUAAAUUAA